AUGACAAUUGAAGCUCGGCAAAGAAAACGUCCAACUAAUGGACGCGUCUCGCCGUCGGAGGUGAAGCACUUCAUGUGUUACCUCUGCGGUGAUAUAUUCAAUCAGUCCAUUGAUUAUCAACGCCACUUGAUCGCAUAUCAUCAGCUUAUGUCGCUAUGCUAUCAAAUUUGGCACGCAAAGAAUGGACGAUCUACGUCGAGAAGAAAUGUGAUUCGAAACGAGCCGAGAAAUGCGAUUGACGAAGUAAUCGAUGCAGUUGCCAGCGACGGUAAAAAGAAAAGACGAGCAAGCAGUUUAGAUGAACCAACUGUUGAAGAAUUAGAGAAAUUGAGAGAUGUUGAGAUACCACUUGAUCAGAAAAAUAAAGAAUCAAAAUCGGAGAAGAAAGAGCCGAAGCACAAAAAGAAAAAAGAAUCUACUGAUGGAGAUGACGACAUCAUCAAACCAGAGAGAACAAUGUCUGACUUUUCGAAAAACUCGAAUAGAAUUUGCAAUAUCUGCGAUUCUCACUUCAAUGAUUUCUACCACUACGUUAAACACUACAUCGACGUUCAUCAUUAUAUGAUCGAUUCAAUAUACAUGCUUCUUUUUAACAAAAAUGGAACACAGUUCAAUCGCAAAAUCAGUCCGCCAGGAAAAUCAUGUGGAUCGUGCUAUAUUAAAUUCGACAGAAAUCAAUCAUACUUUGAGCAUCUUCUCGAGCAACAUACCGAAGACGUCAUUAAUGUUUUGUACAAAAAAUACAAUUCGACACACAGUGUUGAUGUUGAAGUGACGUUGAAAAACAAGACUGGACAGGACCUCGUCAAGAAUUACAAUAUUCUCAUUAAAGAUGUUCUGUCAGAGAUGGGUCUUGAUUAA